AGGGAGAAGAAGAUUCGAACCGUUGGCAGUCAUUGUACUCUCUGUAUUUAUGGCUAGUAUAUCUCUACAGCUUUUAGCUGAGUCUAUACAAGCCAUAGUUCGCAUGUCACAAAAUAAUCAAGAGCCACCGAAUGUCAAUGAUUUUGCAUUGGGAAUAAUGGCGACUAUAAUUGUGAUUAAAUUAAUCUUAUGGAUUAUUUGUUUUAAAUUUGGUAUUGGAAUGACAUUCGAUGCUCUUAAAACAGAUCAGCGUAAUGAUAUACUCACAAAUGGUACAUCACUUUUAUUUAGUGGUCUUGCUGGACGUUUGCCUCCUGUACUAGGAAAAAAACAAUACGAAAACCUUAAAUAUUUGGAUCCAAUCGGAGCGAUACUUGUUGGUUUGUACAUUUUGUAUUCUUGGUAUCAACUUGGCGCUGAACAAAUACGUAAUUUAGCUGGUCAUACAGCCGAUCCAAGAUUCAUUCAAAAAAUUGCAUUUGUUUGUCUUAAUUAUCAUCCGUUAAUUGAACAAUUGGAUACCAUUAGAGCAUUUCAUUUUGGUGAGAACUUCUUGGUUGAAGUUGAUAUUGUCUUACCUAAAGAAAUGUGUCUGAAAGAAGCUCAUGAUAUUGGCGAAGGAUUACAAAAGACAUUGGAAAAACUAGAUGCAAUUGAACGAGCUUUUGUACACCUUGAUUAUGAAUUUUCACAUCGUCCAGAAACUGAACAUAAAAUAGUUUAAAAGGAAGGGGGGGGGUAAAAAAAAAGAAGGACAUUUCACUGUAUUAUUGUGUUGUUUGUUUGUUUGUUUUCUUGUUAGUUUGAGAUGGUAUACACGCCUACACAUAUCCAUUGAAUGCACACAAAAAUCGACAAUUCAUCAUACGUUUAUUUUUUUUCAGAAUUCUUGAUAUACAGAUAUACCAAUAUAACAAUCAUUAUGAACAUUCUUGUUUUAUUUUCUACUAAAACAAUAACAGCCAGAUAAAAUCCAUAGGAAUAUUGAUAGUUAAUUACAAAACUAUGAAAGACAAUCUAUGCCAAUCAUAAAGCAUUUGCUCUGAAAUUAUUAUUAUUAUUAUUAUUAUUAUUAUUAUUAUUAUUGUUCAUGUUGAAACCAUUGAACUCUGAUGCUUUUUGUCUAUUCACACUAAUUUUACUAUGUUUCAAUGUAUUUAUGUUAGAGAUGAUGAUAAGUUUAUUCACUAGAGUGUAUCUUUUUGAACUUUCGUUCACUGGAUUAGAUUAUGCUGUGUCUUUUUUAUUUGUUUGUUUAUUUAAGCCAAUGUUCAAGGAUAACAAUGUCACUAUCUAUCUAUUUGAAUAAUUCGUAUUAUCUUGAUGCAGCAAUAUGUUUUUUUUCAAUCACAACAUUAUUUUCUCAACUACACUAGUCGAUAACUUUUGUACUCGGCUUCAUUAAUCUUUUCACCAAUAUUUUUUUUUGUUAUAUUGAAUUACUAACUGUUCUAAAUCUUAUUAUAAUUGAGAAGAAAUAUCACAAGAUUUAGAGGAAUGUUUAUCACAGUGAUGCUUGUUUGGUUUUGUUUUUGUUUUUUUUUUAAUUUUUAUUUAGAAAUUGUUUACUUUUUUUACAAAAUAAAAUACAAAACACCAACAUUUAUAUAGUAUACAAUGUAUGAAUCUGAACCAACGACUCUGUAUAUAUAUAUAUAUAUAUAUAUAUAUAUAUAUAUAUAUAUAUAUAUAUAGUACGAUGAUAUUUUUGCUUAUAAUACCAAAGUACUCAUUCAUAUUUGAAUGAUUUAUUAUUACAUUCCACUUGUAAAAA